ACUUUUGAACCGGAAGUCGAAAACGUCACUCCCACAACACGCUCUCCCUCUCAAAUCUCAAUUGAAUUUGAACCUCUCUUGUAGCUUGGCGUCCUCUUUCCCCGAUCGCCGUCUGUGUCUCCAUAGAAGGCAUUAAUGUUUUCUGUGGGCGAAUUUUGUUACCAAUAUCUGGAGCAACAAACAGGGGACGGAUAUCCAGUGGUAAACAUUAGAUAUUCCGGUCCCAAUGAUCCUUUGCCUUUUGAACAUAAGGCAGUAGUUCAACAAUUCGGAGAAGAGACAGAUAUUGAUUCUAUAAAAGAAUGGUAUAGACGACAAGUUACCUGCAAUUCAUUACAUGAAAGUUGUCUAAAGAUGAACUAUCUACAUAUUUCGGAAAGAAGGGCAAUUACGCACUUUUAUCAAGAGAGCUUAAGUUCAUGGAUGGAAAAAAAAUUGAAGAAUCCACCAGCAACAGCUACAGAUUGGUGGGGGCAUAUAAGGCAAGAUUUUGAACAAAUCUUCAAGCCGAUUUUUGCAACAUUGAAGAAUAUGUUCCUACAGAACGAUUACCAUGGUAAAUUGACUGCCCAUUCGAUUAAGGUUGAAUAUCCCUGGCCUGAGCAGCCUGAGCAGUUACGGGGUGUUUUGACGGACAUGGACAGCCCCCGGGUUUAUGACACUUCUGUUGUCGACAAACAAAAGGGUGAUGUAGAGGCGCUGAGAUCAAUAAUUUCAGAUGUUAUUAACUCUUUUGGAGUGGUUACUGACAUUGUUGAUGUUGAGAUGUUUCAUCAACUUGAUUUUCUUCAAGAGAAAUAUGCUCACAGGGAAAUUACCCCCUUAGCAAUAAGGUGGGGGAUGAAUCCAGUCCUGUUUUGGACCAUUCCCAAACAAAUUCAAUUUCUGAACACAGUGUAUUGGUUGAUCUAUCGAAAUGGGAUACUCUCAAAUCCAGUUUAUGAUUGUGUUUUCGAUUCAUUUCCGCCGUGGGCAUUUCAAGAUAAUAGACAUCCAGCCUUGUCCAGAGUCUACAACUAUGGAGUACAAGAACAUCCUGGGCAAUAUAGUGCAAACGAAAGCAUAGUAAAAUACUAUCGCAAUUGCAUUCAACAUUUCGAUUACCAGAAAGCCAAAACGGCAAACUCACUUUCGGCUAUUCACAAGCUAUUCAUUCGGCAUUACCAAAUUAUAUUACCAUCCAUCAUACUGACGGAAAAGAUUUGUGGGGGGAGGACAAAAAAUAUGACGGCCUUUGACAAAAGGUUAUUUUACUUGUAUGUGGAAGGAAUAGAUAUUUAAGGAGAUGCUUUUAUUAGGCACCAAGUACAACAAGGCAGUGCAGGAGGAAGACGAGUUACCUCCAGAAAAACUUGCAAUUGCUAACGUGGGGAGGCAAGAUGCUAAGAAGCACCUUGAGGAGCAUGUCUCCAAUUUGAUGUCUUCCAACAUUCUUCCCGAUCAUGUCAAGCUAUAUUUUAUUUGCACUUUCUAGACUUGCUUGCUACCAGGAACUAUUUAGCACACGUUUUCUGCUUUUAUAAUAUGAUUGUUUCAAAUGGAAGAAGAGCAAGUUGCUUGUUACACAAUGAUAGUGUCCUUUUUGUUUUUUAAUCUCUAUAAAUGACAUGGGGACAUUCAUGAUUCUUGAU